AUGGAUACUCAUAUUCCAACAUCUCGAGACUUGGAGAGUAUCCAGCUUCAAAUCCUUCAUCUUCAAAGUUGCUUAGCAGAGAAUCGCGAGCGUUUAGAAAUCGUUGAAAGAGCUGCCGUGGAUAAAGUCGCACUAUUGGAGAUUUCUAUCGAGCAUGACAUCCGUAAAAUCUGUGAGCGGCUUCACGCGCAACACACUGUAGAUAUUGAAGACUUCGUCAACGGCAAACUCUUUAAUUGUGAAGAUCGGCUUCUUAAUAACUUAAUUCAGCAUCUGGAAGGGAUGAUCAAUGACUUUGGAAAUUGUACUCGCACAUCGGCGAUGGACCCCGGCGAUAGCACUCGCGCCUCGGCGAUGGACCCCGGCGAUAGCACUCGCACCUCGGCGAUGGAAUCCGGCGAUAGCACUCGCGCCUCGGCGGUGGACCCCGGCGAUAGCACUCGCGCCUCGGCGAUGGACCCCGGCGAUAGCACUCGCGCCUCGGCGAUGGACCCAGGCAAUAGCACUCCUGCCUCGGCAAUCGACCCCACCAAUAGCACUCGCGCCUCGCCGAUAGACCCUGGCAAUAGCACCCGUUUCAGUAACGGCACUGUAAUCGGUAAUCACUCCAGUCUUGUCGAUAAUGCCGGAGUCACCAGUAGCACCUUGCCUGAUCCCAGUCUUAAUGAUAUCGAAGUUACAAGUAUCACCACGACUACUAAUCAACAUCGCGAUUGUCAUUAUGUUCGCCUCGUCAGUCGUAUUCUUGGUGCUAUAGGUAUCAACAAUGAAGCGCAAAAGAAAUCGAUUGAACAUAUGUUACAUCAACAACAGCUUCACAUUAUCAAGGCGAUUAGAGAGUACCAGAAAGAUUUAAAUACUGGCAGCAGUGAAACCUCCUCGGCCCUGGAUGCUUGA